AGUAAGGUUAAGUAGUAUAAGUCUAUCGUCUAUGCAUAUUUUGUCACUGGGUAUAAUAAUCUAAGACCGUGUUGGGUACUAUUCAUACUCAACAUGUGGCUACACUGGAACACCGUUUUUAGCACUCUGAGAAGUGUCGAAACGAUAUUAUCUCCCUAACAAACUUGGAACAUCGAUCGAUGUUUUUUAUACGGGUUUUGAUUUUCUGUGUUGUGUUUAUUUCUUCUUUUGUUAUUUGUUGUCCUAUAGUCUAUACCCCUAUCGGCCCUAUCCGAAAAUUGAUUUCGAUAAAAGCAAUAUAAUUAUCGCAUUAUCGAUAGUCAACAUUAAAUGUGAAAUAUCCGAAUUUUGGAGGCAAAUUUCAAGUACAAAUACAUUAUGAAUCGGAGUAAUAAAAUAUCAAUUGAAUUAAAUCCAUUUUUGCAAUCGACAUCACAAAUCCAGUCCGGGACAUCAAACAAUGGCAAAAAAAAAAAAAACAAACGUCCUUAUACUAAAAUAGUGCCGGACCGUUCUAACGUUGAAACUGUCAGUUAUCAAAAAUUAGUUGUACCAAAGCGUAUGCAUAGUCCUUACUGGAAAUAUUUUGGUUUUCCUGCCUCAGAGAAUGGCAAUAUAAUUACCCAAGAUCGAAUUAUAUGCAUACUUUGUAAAAAGCAGUUUGCUUACAAAAGUAAUACUACCAACUUAAGAGUACACUUACAAAGCAGGCAUAAGACUGAAUUAGUGGUACUGGAAAUGGGAUCAUCAAAAGAUGGAAGUCCAAAAAAAAGACAUGGCAAAAAUGAACUAAUGUUAUUAGCUACAUCUGAAGGCCAAGUGGAUGUUAAUAGGUCAAGCUGCAGGAUAAAACAUCAGGAUGUGUAUAUACAAGGGGAAAUUAAUGAACAAUUUGUGGGGGAACACGUUGCCAAUAUCCAAGAACAAACUCCUCAGAUGUCAGUUAUUUUUCAAGAAAUUGAUAAUUCAUCGAAUGAUGUUGUAUCGGAUGCUAUUACUGAUUUUGUUAUAACUGAUCUCCAUUUACCAGAUAUUGUAGAAGGCAGAGGCUUUCAACGUCUUAUUGCUACAUUGAGGUCCCCAUGUGAAAUUCCAGGAAAAUAUAAAUUAGAACAGUGCAUAAUACCAAGAAUUUAUGAAUCUACCAGAUCUGCUGUUCUUAAUAGCAUUGCAAACAGUUGUAGCACUUUUGCUUUAGGUAUAGAAGAAUGGAAAUGUUCUAGCUUAAAUAUUUAUAUUACAAUAAGCGUAUUUUUUCAACAGUUGGAUAACGAAGGUCUGAGUAUUAAGCAACUAGCCACAAUUUUAUGUAAUCCUAAUAGAACUGCUAAUGAAUGGUGUGGAAUUUUGGGAUCCUUGUUUUUAAAUUGGAGUAUUAAUAUUGAACAAGUAAAAACAGUCAUCAAAGCAUUUUCAAACGAUAAUUUAGAUGCAGCAUUACGAACUCAAGGUUUCGUUCUGAUACCUUGCCUAAUUUAUGAAUUACAAAAUUUAUGUACCAAAAAUUGUUUUGAAACUGCAGAAGUAUUAAAUGUUUUAACAAAAUGUAGAACAGUUUCUGCUAAAUUACAUCACCAUAAUGCUUUGACAUCUGUAACAGUUCAGGAUAAUGUUGUUCAAGUAUUUAAUUCAUUUCUCAGUCGAGAGUACCCACAAAUUUGGACAACCACAUAUCACUAUUUAGAACGUUUUGUUCAACGAAAAGAAACCAUAAAAACUUUAUGCAACACAUUGGAUAUUGGAUUUUUUCCCCAUGAGUUAUUAACUGAUAAAGAUUGGUCAGUUAUUGAAGAUAUUGUUACAACUCUCGAGCCUUUAAAAGUCACUGUUACUACUCUUAGUGAAGAAAAGAUACCAUUGAUAUCAUUAUUGAAACCUUUGAUUAAUCAACUAACCAGCUAUCAUUUGAAAGUUAAACCCAGUGAUUCAAAUCUUGCUGCUGGUUUAAAGAAUACAUUUGCCAAUGAACUUCACUGGAAGUACAAUAAUAUUGAUGUACAAACAUUUUUACACAUAGCAACAUUAUUAGAUCCGAGAUUCAAAGAUUUUCCUAUGACUGAAGGUGAAGAACAUCUUCCAACAAUUAAACAGGAACUUGUAAAAAUGGUUGAAAUUGAAGGUUCUGUGACUUAUGAUACUAAAUCGAAUGUGACAGAAGUUGACACUAAUGUACCUAAAAAACCUAGAGUAUCAGGUAUUGGAUUUUUACUUGGAAGUGUUGCUAAUGUAAAAAGUUCUCCCAUUGUCAAUAAACAUAAUAUGUCACUUGAAGAUCGACUUAAUUUAGAAAUUGCUCAGUAUGAAUCUGAACCAACUCCUUGUCUUGAAGAGUGUCCACUUUUAUGGUGGUCUCGAAUGUCAUCAAAAUGUCAAAAUCUAAUAAGGCUGGCAAGAAAACACUUUGUGUAUGCUCUUAGUGGAUCAUCUAGUAAACUUCCACUUGAGCUACAAACACUGUAUUAUAUAAAAAGAUCACAAAUAAAUCAAGAACUAGUAGAUAAAAUGAUGUUUAUUAAUGCAAAUACUGUAGAAAAUAAUUGAUCUUAAAAAAAUUAAUUUGUUCACUAACCUAAUUUCCCUCUAACAUUUAAAAGUAAAUAAUGUACAUCAUUUUAAUUUUAAAAUAUAUUUUUAUUGCUGUUUAGGUUUUUUUUUUUAUAUAAUUUAACUAUGUCUGCAUGAGUGAUAGUUUUGACUACAUUUCAUUCAACAAUAACUGAAUAUUCUGACUAUUUUUAAGUUACAUGAGUUAAAUUUAAAUUAUUUUAUAUACUUAUGCUACUAUGAUAUUGUUAUAAGCAAUCAAUAAAUAUUGCUCUUUCUAUUUCAAAUUUUUUGCAAAAUAGAUAUAACGUAGUUUUGAAAUAACUAAUAAGUUGUAUUUAUUUAUAAAUGUUUAUGUCUUAUAAUUAAGUUGAUGGAUGGAUAUUUUAUAAUUAUACAAAUAAUUUAAUCAUGAGUAUUUUAAUUUGUAAACCAGUACAAUAUGAUCUUUCAUCUUUUUGGCUAAGUUCUUAGUGAAUUAUUGAGGAACUAGACAGAAAUAAUAUCUAAAUUCGAACCGAAAUAUACAAUUAAAAGUUUAACAGAGUACAAACUAACUUCUAAUCAAUAUUUUUCUUCUUAUAAAUUUAUAAAUAUAUAUUUAUUAAUUUAUAUUUUUUAUUGUUUUAUUAGUGUUUCAUCAAACUUAUUUACACAAAUUAUAGAGGAUGCAAUUUUUAAGGAUUUGACAUAAUAUUGGUUUUGUAUUUUAUUAUUUUUUCUUUAUGUGAUGUUAAAUAGCUUUGAGUUAAUAUUAAGGGAAAUUGUUAUGACGUCAUACUCUCUAAAAAAACUUGUAUUGUGAAAUUUAGAUUUUAAGAUUAUCCUAGAGCAUAAAAAAAGACUUAUGUGAAAGCAUUUUUGUAUU